AUGACGUCGCGUCCGAAACCCUUCUGCCAGGUCAUUGACGGCGUCAAGCGUUGCCCGUUGAUCACAAAGGAACGUCUUGACGACAUCAUGAAAUUUGUGCCUCAGAAAGGGGACGUGCUGCAGCUGUCGUACCCAAAAACAGGCACUCAUUGGAUCCAGUUCACGGUGCAGACUAUCCUACAAGGAGGCACGGCUGUAGAAAGCUACGACGAUUUCACGAUGGUGACUUGCCUUCUUGACUACAUUGGUCUGCAGGAUUGGGAACGACCUUCCACGAUACCUUUCGGCUUGUACAUGUCCCACGUACUCCCUCCACUUCAGAAUUUCAAUUCAGAAGCCAAGUACAUCUACGUGGCUCGGAACCCUUGGGACUGCUGCGUCUCCUUCUACCACAUGGUGAAAGCGCUCGACAUCUUCUCUUUCAAGGAAGGAACAUUCGACGACUUCUUCGAGUGCUUUAUUGAAGGGGAUUUCGGCUAUGGCGAUUACUUCGAGCACCUCCUUUAUGGAUACGGCCUGAAAAAUAAGCCUAACGUGCUGUUUCUGACUUACGAAGAAAUGAAGGCAGACACUCGAGCCACGGUGAUGCGCAUAGCUCGCUUCCUCGGAAAGCGCUACGCGGAGGCACUGCAAGAGAAUAAUUCGGGGUUCAACCAACUGCUCGGGAAGCUAACGGUGGAACGCACGAAGGGGAUCUUGGUGCUUAACCUAGCCGGCCAUAAGAACCCGAAGGUUGAUGCCAAGAUCAAGGAGCGUAAACUGAUUGCAUCUGAAGGUUUCGAAGGAUGCCCUACUAUGCUGCCUUUUGUGAGAAAGGGUGAAGUAGGGGGCUGGAAGAGCUAUUUCAACGCAGAACAGCUGCGUCGCAUGGAAGAGGUGAUCGUGCAAAAAACUUGUGGUUCGGACGUUAUGAAUAUCUGGGCUGAAAUGCGCGAAGAGGCACGACGCCUCUUCAGAUCUUAG